AUGCUCAAGCUCUUCUCUAUCGUUUCUCUUGCUGCAAUUUUCCAGUGCGCCAGUGCUGCUGCGACAAGUUCUACGGCGCUGAGUGGCCUCAAUACCAAGUUCACGGCCAAAGGAAAGCUGUUCUGGGCUUCCUUUUCAGCGAACGAAGCCAUUUUGGAAUCCGAAUUCGGGGCGGUGACUCCCGAGAACUCCAUGAAGUGGGAUGCGACCGAAAGCACCCAAGGGACGUUCACCUUCUCCGGAUCUGACUAUCUCGUGGAUUGGGCUAUCUCGAACAGUAAAAUCAUCCGUGGACACACUUUGGUGUGGCACUCGCAGCUCCCUUCGUGGGUCUCUGCCAUUACCGAUGCGGCUACACUGACGUCCGUCAUUCAAACACAUAUCGCGAAUGUAGCUGGGCAGUACUCUGGUAAACUUUAUGUGUGUCGGCCCUUACCUCUGCGUCCCUGCAUUCUGACAAUCUACAGUGAGGUCCUAAAUGACAACGGUACCCUGCGAUCGAGUGUCUUCUAUGAUGUUCUUGGAGAGUCCUUCAUUACCAUUGCCUUCAAGGCGGCAAGAGCCGCAGAUUCUACCGCAAAAUUAUAUAUCAACGAUUACAACCUCGACUCGAACAACACCAAGGUCCAAGCAAUGGUUGCCCUUGUCAAACGGAUUAAUGCGGAUGAACAGCUAAUCGACGGUAUAGGUACACAGAUGCAUUUAUCUGCCGGCGGCUCGAGCGGGGCAGCAGCAGCUCUAGCGGCACUGGCAGAGGCGGGUAUAGACGUUGCUAUCACCGAGCUGGAUAUCGCCGGUGCAAGUGCAUCCGAUUAUACCACCGUCGUUGAUGCCUGCCUAUCCACCUCUGCCUGCGUCUCAAUCACCAGCUGGGGGGUCAGCGAUGCUAAUUCCUGGCGCGCCAGCUCUACACCUCUGUUGUUUGAUAGUGACUACGAGCCAAAGGCGGCGUAUACGGCAGUUAUAUCUGACCUGUCUUGA